GUGGACGGCGUGGACAUGAAGUUGCCUGUAGUGCUGGAUGGAGGCAAGAUCCGUGUCUCCCAACAUGGGUCUGAUGUUGUGAUUGAAACUGAUUUUGGCCUGCGUGUGGUCUAUGACCUUGUGUACUAUGUGCGGGUCACCAUCCCAGGCAACUACUACCAGCAGAUGUGUGGCCUGUGUGGAGACUACAAUGGGGACUCCAAGGAUGAUUUCCAGAAGCCAGAUGGCUCACAGGCAGCCAACCCGAGUGACUUUGGUAACUCCUGGGAGGAAGCUGUGCCCGACUCCCCCUGUGCGCCAGUGCCUCCCUGCACAGGGGACAGCUGUGGCACUGAAUGCAGCCCUGAGCUGAAGGAUAAGUACCAUGGGGUGCAGUUCUGCGGGCUGCUCACCAGUCCCACAGGGCCACUGGCUGCCUGCCACAAGCUGCUGGACCCCCAGGGCCCCUUGGAAGACUGUGUCUUUGAUCUCUGCCUGGGUGGCGGGAACCUGAGCAUUCUCUGCAACAACAUCCAUGCCUACGUGAGCGCCUGCCAGGCAGCUGGGGGAGAAGUGGAGCCAUGGAGGACUGAAACUUUCUGUCCGAUGAAGUGCCCCCCUCACAGCCACUAUGAGGUCUGUGCAGACACCUGCUCCCUGGGCUGCUGGGCUCUCAGUACCCCACAGCAGUGCCCAGAAGUGUGUGCCGAGGGCUGUGAGUGUGACUCCGGCUUUCUGUACAACGGCAAAGCCUGUGUGCCCAUCCAGGAAUGUGGCUGCUACCACAAUGGGGUCUACUAUGAGCCGGAGGAGUCAGUUCUCAUUGAAAACUGCCAGCAGCAGUGUGUGUGCCACCCAGGAAAAGGCAUGGUGUGCCAGGAUCACAGCUGCAAGCCAGGACAGGUGUGCGAGCCCUCAGGAGGCAUCCUGACCUGCGUCACCAAAGGUGCUGGGCAAGGGGGGCUGGGCUGGUGUGGGGGACACAGGUCAGGGGCUAGGAGCUAA